GCAUUACCCGCCCCUCACCGGAAGUUUACACCAUGUGACAGAUCGGAGGGAAGGCAUAAAAGAAAGUUAAAAUCACAACGAACGACACCCCGUGGUAGAAGUAUUGGUAGUUGUCAACAUCCCUAUUCCUGCGUCAACAUGGUGCUUCAUUCAGACAGUGCUGUCGACGUGGCGACGGCGUCAAACUACAGGCAGGUUGUCGUCAUCAACUAUCACCUGGACUUCAAUGUGGAUUUCACAAAGAAACAAAUCAAUGGAACCGCACUGAUCACGUUCAAGACACUGGCUACGCGACUUGUUGAAGUUCGGCUUGACACCCACGAAACACUGACAGUUCACAGUGCUCACUUAGAGGGAGUGGAGCAGUCUCUCAUCAUCCGGACAAAAGACUUCACAGACUACGGCACAGCCCUGCUGAUUGAUCUGCCAGCAGAAAAGAAUGCCGGCCAGGAAUUCAAGAUCCGCCUCUCAUUCACCAGUACUGGGGGCUCAGGGGUCUGCUGGCUGGAACCACAGCAAACUGCAGGUAAAAAGAUGCCCUUCAUGUACACCCAGGGACAGGCAGCUUGUAACAGAUCCUUCUUCCCCUGCCAGGACACGCCCAUCAUCAAGUCAACAUACACGGCUAAUGUCAAGGUGGCAGAAGGCUUCGUCCCAGUCAUGAGUGCCAGCAAAAGCAGCUAUGGGGAAGUAGCCAACCUGUCCGGGGACAAGGAGACGUAUUACUUCAGCCAACACGUGCCCAUACAGGUCUACCUGGUCGCCUUAGCAGUCGGAGACCUCAAGGCUGCAGAGAUCGGACCUCGGAGCAAGGUGUACGCCGAGCCAAGUGUCCUGGAGAAGGCUCGGGCAGAGUUUGAUGGGGUGGUCGAGGAGUUCAUAUCGACGGGUGAGAAGUUGUUUGGGCCAUACGUGUGGGGGAGAUACGACAUCCUCAUCAUGCCGCCGUCAUUCCCGUAUGGGGGGAUGGAGAACCCCUGUCUCACCUUCGUCACACCCUGCCUGCUGGUUGGGGACAAGUCCCUCACAGACGUCGUCAUCCAUGAAAUUUCCCACAGCUGGUUUGGAAACCUGGUCACUAAUGCCACAUGGGGGGACUUCUGGCUCAACGAGGGUUUCACAAUGUUUGCACAGCGGCGCAUCAUGGAAGAGAUACUGGGACGUCCGUACACCUGUCUGGAGGCAGGCACCGGCCUGGCCCUGCUCCGUCUACACAUGGACCACACAGGAGAGGACCAUCCCUUCAACAAGCUGAAGGUAGUUAUCGAGCCUGGUGUCGACCCCGAUGACACAUACAACGAGACGCCGUACGAGAAAGGCUACUGUUUUGUCAGCUACAUGCAGCAUCUAGUCGGAGAUGUCCACAAGUUUGACCAGUUCCUCAAGGACUACGUUGACAAGUUUAAAUACAGGAGUGUGGUGGCAUCUGACACACUGGAGUAUUUCCUGCAGUAUUUCCCUGAUCUCAAGGAACAGAAAGCAGACCAACGGGAAGGUUUGGAGUUUGACCGAUGGCUCAACACCCCCGGCUGGCCGCCGUAUGUCCCUGAUCUCUCAGCAGGCAAAGAGCUGACCGAGCCAGCAGAACAACUGGCUGAUGCCCUGGCAGGGGAGACAACUGAGGAGAGUUUCCGUGACAUCAGUUCCUGGAAGAGCUACCAGUUGCUCCACUUCCUCAACAAGCUGCUGGAGAAGUCUGCACUGAAGUCCGAGACUCUGGCCGCCAUAGCCGAGAAGUACCCUCACCUGGCAAGGUCACACAACGCAGAGAUCUGUUUGAGAUGGGCUCAAAUCUGCAUCAAGAAUGACUACCAGCCAGCCUUCCCAGACAUCAAGGACUUCCUGCAUAGCCAAGGCAAACAGAAGUACACACUGCCCAUCUACAAGGCCCUGAUGAAGGGGUCGGACGCAGCCAAGACGUUUGCCUCCACCGUCUACGGGGAAACCAAAGAUCAGCUGCAUGUGCAAGUCUCCAACUACGUGGCAAAAGAAAUAGGGCUGAAGAAAUAACGUCACACCUGCUGCUGGUGUCACACACAGACUGAAGGAAGCAGGACACUGUCAACGUUCUUAAAUCUUUCAAUGUUUUUGAGAGAUAGUAGUACUCUAUGCAAAAAUGUCACUUUGAUAGAAUGACAAAGUUGAAAUUGACAAGACAACUCUGUGUUCCCUGAUGCUACAGCUUCUGAAGCCCUUGACGUUAUUGAUUGAAGGAGGAGGAGAAUGAUGAACUAUCAGCGUGACUGGUUGAUCCUCUAAUGUCAUGGGGGGAAGUCGGUUGUGAUAGUGCACUUAUUCAGAUGUCAGAUUUAUACUUUUAUACAGAUUCAAUCUUGUAAUAUCACUUUCUUUCUUUAUCUCUCGGAAUAUGUGAUGAUACUAUCUGUCUACCAUGAUUUUAUGAUAUUCUACCUUGAUUUUAGGGUAUAUUUGAGAGGUCAGUGAGAGGGAUCAUGUCCCUGUGCCUUUACAGCAUGUUUGCUGAGUAAUAAUAUACACAAAGUUGCUCUUUGUUAUGUUGACAACCACUUUAUUGUUUAGGGGCGGUCGGGUAGCCUAGUGGUUAAAGCUUUCACUUGUCAUGCCAAAGACCUGGGUUCAAUUCCCAGCAUUAUGGCCCUUUGUAUUUAGUGAAACAUUUAUAUGUACAGAGAACUUUGUAAGUCCAGGCACUGUUAAGCUAGAAACUCCUGAAUUUACAAGUCCUGGAUACAGAGUUAUGGUCCUUGGUAUGUAGUGCUAGAUACAUAUGAACAGAGAAACAUUGUUGGUCCCAUUUGUAGAAAGGUUAUUUGCCCAGACUCUUGUCUUGUUCCUGCUCUGACAUUUUAACAUAUUCUCCUUAUCCAGGACAAGUUGAUGUUAUUUUGUUAAUUUGAUACGUGUACCACACACUCAGGGUUGAACACAAUGCAUAGUCAAAUUGUUGCCUUGAAUGGAUUCAAGUUUGUUAUUUGUAUAUUUUUGUGCCUUUGAUAAUACAGUAAAGAUAUACAAAUAAAUAAUUGUAUUGAAAUCGAAACAUAUCUGCCAAUUUUCCCUCAAGGUAUCAAAAAACAAUUUCGUUAUGAAUUUAUUUUCAAAGCACUGCAUCAAUUCAACUGUCAUACGCAAUAGAGACAAAUGAAAUGUAUUUUUCUGAGACUAGGAUUUUUGAACUAGCUCAAACUAUCAAGUAAGCAAACUUAUUGUCAGUUUAGAAAGAGUUUGCACUGAGAGUGACUUUAACUUAAUCUAAUCAAUAGUAAUCUGUUUAUAAAGUUGUUGUCACUCAUUAUAAAAAUUCACUGCAACUGUCAUGCUUUGGAAUUAUCUUUUUCUUAUCAAAUGUUGUCCUACAUUGGUCAGAUCUCUUUAUCAUAGAACUGAGGCCAGGUUGUAGGUGCCUUGCAUUAGACAUAUGGUUUCUACUCAACUUGAAAUUAAGAAACUGAAUUAAAUCAGUGUUGCUCCAGGGUAAUAUAUCCCAGGCAAGAGAGGCGUCUAAGGGGAUCGGGCGGUCAGGCCCGCUGACUUGCUUGAUGCAUGUCGUCGUAUUCCAGUUGCAUGGAUCGGUGCUCGUGAUGGUUGUACAACUGUGGAGUGGAGCGUUAAACUAAAAUAAACAAACACUCUGUUU